UCCCCGGUGCACGGCUGAACACAAAACCAAUCUCUCCCAACCUGUUAGGUAAUAUCAUAGACUGUAUAUAAAAAGGAUAAUAUCCAAGUGUGAACCUGCGUCAAUGAGAUGCGCGAUUGCAGCAGACACUUGUGACAUAUAUUUAAGCAAACUGUAGUGGCUUGAAUGUGUGGAGGCUAAGAAAGGGAACAAACACAUCUCAUUUAGAUUAAUGAGAGGCUGUGCGCUUGGCCACCAAAUGUUAAGAUCACGCUGUUUGAGGAGUGGCAGUACUUAGCAGAUGAACAAUAUAAUUUCACCAAGGUGGUGCGUUCAGGUCUUUGAUUAUUCCAGCUGAACGAUAUAAAAAUUCCCACACAUUUAAUUCUUUAAAUGCAUGGGUUGCAAAUGUAGGCAGCCGAGGAAACACCCUAGAAUAGAUGAUAUAGGCAUCAAAUAGACUUAACUGUCAUAAUGUCAGCCAAGUUUUAGCCUCACAUUUCCCUCGCCUGCUUUCUUCUCUUGCCAUACCUCCGGUUGUUUCAGAUCCUGUUUCAGACCCUCCCACCUCACUAACCCUGUAUUCCCGCCAUUCCCCAUCACCUGAUCUGCCCUGCCCACCGUGCACACCCGUUCCCACUUCCCCAUAAGCCCAUUAGCUUAUAGCCCACUUCCAUUCAUUCCCCAGAUUGUCUGUUGUGCUUCUGCCUCAGCGGUCUAACCAUUUUGCCAGCCUGCUAGUUUUUUGUCAUAUCCACCCAGCAAUUGUAUUUAAUGGCACGUUUAUGUUUUCUGGUUAUUUUGUUGUCCAUCUCAAUUUUAUUGUCAUUUGAAUCCUCUUGAUUAUCAGGUAAAAGUGCAAAGGCCAAGCAUUUUGUCAAGUGCAGUGUAUGCUGCUUGUGGAGAGUUGUGUUCAUGUAUAGUGCCUGUGUGUUUUAGUCCUUGGUUCACCUGCAGGAGGAGCUGUGGCUCACUGAAGCCUCUCUGAAGCAGAAGAGAGAGAUCCCUCUUUUUCUCCUUCAGUGGCAUGAAUAAUAUCCCCAGUGCUGGAGAGAGAGCAUAUCAAGAGGCAAACAGGAAGGGGAGAGAGAGAUAGCAGCCAGUGUGACAGAUAAGAGCGUGGCAGAACUUGUCUCCCUGACUGCGCCGAGGGCUGGGGAAAGAGAGCGCAAGUGCACCAGAGUGUCAGGCAAGGCAGCUGCCUGCACACACACAAACACACACAUACACACACACACACACGCACACGCACACGCACACACACGCACACACACACACACACACACACACACACACACACACACACGCACACACACACACUCAUACAGACCCCUCAACCUGGGUGCACCUGAAGAAGUUCAGAGAGAAGAAGCCUCAAGAAGGUACAGUAUGUUUGUGCAUUUCUAGCCUGGGAAUCAUAUCUACUGCAGCUGUGUCCCCCUCUUUAUAUCUGAAACAUUACAAGCUAAUCAGCUGUCUGACGCUCACUUGGUGCUCCACUUUGUUUUCCAGAGGAGUUGUGUGUCUCCCCUCUAGAAGAACUAGCCUCGUGUUUACAUUCUGAGGGAGGAUGGAGAAGCUGUCGGGGAAAGACAAGGAGCUGAUACGAGGCAGCUGGGAAAGCCUGGGCAAGAACAAAGUUCCUCAUGGUGUCAUCAUGUUUUCCAGACUGUUUGAGCUGGACCCUGCGCUCCUCAGUCUUUUCCACUACAGUACAAAGUGUGCCUCCACACAAGACUGUCUCUCCAGCCCCGAGUUCCUGGAACAUGUCACCAAGGUGAUGCUUGUGAUCGACGCAGCAGUCAGCCACCUGGACGACCUUCACUCCUUGGAGGACUUUCUGCUCAACCUUGGGAGGAAGCAUCAGGCAGUGGGAGUCAGCACACAGUCAUUUGCUGUGGUGGGUGAGUCCCUUCUCUACAUGCUGCAGUGCAGUCUGGGCCAGGCCUACACCGCGCCGCUGCGUCAAGCCUGGCUAAACAUGUACAGCAUCGUGGUUGCAGCCAUGAGCCGAGGGUACGGCGAGAACAAGGCUGACUGAGGUGCACAGCGGGAGCUGAUGAGCAGUUGCUGUCAAAUCACUCAAAAUGGUUGCCAUGGAAUGCUGUAUAUUUGCUCAGUGAGUGGGGUCGCAUAGCGUAGCAAAUGUAUGGUGUGGUUACACUUUACAGUUGGAUCGACCAGUCGCAGAGUUUUAUUUUCUUAGCUGUGGAUGUUUAACUACCAGGCGAUGCUGCUGUACAGCUGAGAGGAUCUGAGCCAGCCUGCUGUCUGGGCCUGUAAUCUGAGCGCCUCACACUGAGAAAAAGAAACCAGGAUAACUGUUGAGUCUCUUUUGUAUAUAAUGACUUUGAUAUAUCUACUCAAAUGAUAACAGUGACUAUAGUGGUCUUUGUGAUGUAUCUUAUAAGAGUUGCACAAUUGUGAAACACUUGAUAUUAUAUCUAGGCAUCACACACUACUCAAACUGUGAUGGUAACUGUGGCCAGCAUGGGCAGCUCUCUAUAUAAAGAGGAAUGCGGUGAUGCUUUACAAAACAUGUUUGAAGUUUUGGGAUGAAGCAAUGUGAUUUUACAGCGGAAAAUCGUAUCACCGUAAUCAUAAUCUUAAUGUGUUUUCUAUUAAUAUUACACAUCAUUACACCUCUUUUUGUGUGUGACUUUGUUAUCUAACAUUUAACCUAACCUAACCUAACCUAACCUUUUAAAUUGUAUUCAGUAGAUACUGACAAGAACUGUUAUACUCUCUGAUAGUUUCUUCAGAGAUCUAAGACUGUUAAGGCGUCCACGUACACCGUGGUGUGUGAUGCUCUCCUCAGUAGGUUUCAGCUGACUGUUAAACUCUAACAAAUAGACUGUUAUGUGACCUUUUAGAGUUUGAAAGUAAAAGGGCAUCUUGGAUGAACUGUAACAUCUUUGUUCUUUGGCCAACAUUUUCCAGUCAUUGUUACUGUAAAGUAGUUUUGUUGUGCUGUUGUUACUUAUCUAAUGCUUAUUAACUGUAUUGUUGUGGCUACAAAUGUAGUAUUACCUCGGCUUGAGAGGGGAAGAUGAGCAGAGUGGCCUGUGUUUCUCCAGCACAGAGCUUCUACAUGCAAGUGAAGCUGGAAGUGAAUAUUUGUUUUCGUUUUGUUUUAUGAAACAAAGACAAACUUAAUUGAUUUUUAAAACAAAUAAUACAGAGAUACCGUGUGCUGACACUGUCCAAUAUGUAUGCAUUAUUAUUGCUGCCAUAGCACUGUAUGUAUCAUCCUCAGCUGUUAUUUACAUUCAUGGUCAUAAUGCCAAGUAACUUAGCAACAGUGCGCCAAGUAUUAGAUAAUAACACCAUACAACUGUAAAUCCAAGCUGCUGAUAUGUGGUUAUUAUCGCUUUAGUCUCGGUUUACAUUUAUACAGUUUAUUUUUAUAUACUCUGAAAUGUAUGUGUAGUUAAUAUUUUUUGUUUUACAUGAUGUACUCACAUACAUUACAUUGUGUGGAUUUCCAGUUAAUGAACCCAACAACCAGGCAAAUUUGCUGCUUUUAAUCAGGUUUCAUUUUAAUCCAAAUAAUAGAAACGUUAUCAACUCUUAAUGUGCAGUCAGAAAGAGUUAUUUAUUGAUCAAUUUUAUCCCUGCAUAGUAUGUUCAGUCCAGUCCAGUUCUUUCCAGCAGACAGGUGUAAUGUUUAUUAACUGACUGUGUUGGUGCUGUAUUUGUAGUGAUUCUUUUCUUAGUACUAGUACGCAGCCCUAUGCAGGUUGUUGUUGUUCUCCAUGUCUCUGUUUUCAAUUACCUGAUCUUAGGUGUCUUUAGCAGGCGUGACUGACAACUGGCAUGUUAUCCCGUUAACAUCCAGCUCUGUACAUAUUGGGUGUGUCACUGUCUACCUCAUCAUUAUCAGCUGCUACUGAACAGUGAUGACUUCACCUAGUUAUCCUUCAACCAAAAACGCAAAUUAUUAUUAUUAGAGUUAAUGCAAGCAGGCACUCUUUGUUUACUUCUUGUAAACUGGAUUCUAUCCUACACUUUAAAAAACAACAACGUUGUUCUGUGCUUACUUGAUACUAAAUAAAGUGAUCUUCUGUGGAUAUUUUACUGCUAAA